AUGGCUCAACUCGUUCCACUCCCAGAUGUGGAAAGACUCAGUGCUUCCGUGGUGAGGAUAUUAGGUGCAAAUCCUGGAAAGUUUACAUUACAAGGAACAAAUACAUACCUUGUUGGUCGAGGAAAACAGCGAAUCCUCAUUGACACGGCCCAAGGAGAGCCUGCAUGGGCAUCCCGGCUCAAGACACUCUUGACGGAGGAAAAUGCAACAGUACAUAAAGCGCUCAUCACGCACUGGCACCACGACCACGUCAAUGGCAUUCCAGAUCUUUUGAAAAUCUGCCCCCAGGCAACUAUUUAUAAACACCACCCGGAGGAUGGGCAAACGGAUAUCCAAGAUGGGGAGGUGUUUAGUGUUGAGGGGGCUACUUUGAAAGCGUUCCAUACUCCUGGACACACUGAGGAUCAUAUGGCGUUUGUCUUUGAGGAAGAAGAUUCCAUGUUUACGGGUGAUAAUGUCCUGGGCCAUGGUUCUGCCGUUUUCGAAGAUUUGAAGGUUUAUCUUUCCAGUUUACAAAGGAUGUACAGCCGAGUUUCAGGUCGUGGAUACCCAGGUCAUGGUGCCGUUCUUGAGAAUGCAACAGCGAAGAUCUCCGAAUACAUCAAGCAUCGCCAGCAGCGUGAAGAUGAAGUGAUCCGGGUUCUUCGCUAUGGGAAACUUGAUGUCGAAGAGAAUGAAAAAUCCCCUGAACGAAAGCGGGCCUGGACGCCUCUUGAACUGGUAAAGGUGAUAUAUCGCAAUGUACCAGAGAGUCUGCAUCUGCCUGCGUCGCACGGAGUGUCACAGGUGUUGAUGAAGCUGGAGGACGAUGGUAAGACGAUACACGACACAGCAUCUGGAGGAUGGUACCUGGCAGGAGAGAAAUCGGCAUUGUGA